GCGGAGUCCCGCUGCUGUGAUGCGUUCACGUUCCCCGACUUGCUCAAUUAGGACGUCCCAGGGAGGGAGUGACUCGGCCCGGCGACCAGAGAGCUCCGAAACUGCCCAAGAAUAUCAUCUCCCUUCACAACCAGAACUUGAGAGCGGAUUUUUAAAGAAAGGUCCGACGCCAUGGAAGGUCUGAUGGAGCGUCUGGAGCGAGCCGUGACUCGCCUGGAGCAGAUAUCUGUCACGUCAUCAGGAAUUUCUAAUGGGGACUGUGUCAAUGGCAUCAACGGCGGUACAAGUCAGUGUGUGGAGGCCUUUGACGUUCUCCUGUCUGGACCAGUGUCUGAUUAUCUGAACCAUAGCCGGGCUAUAGGCAGCGAGGUGGAAAAACACGCGGAGAUGGUGAACAAAGCCCUGCACACUCAAAGAACUUUCCUGAAGAUGUCUGCCACACACCAGGAACCUGCAAAGCUGGAGCUUCGUGACCUGCUAAAACCCAUAUCUGACCACAUCCAGGAGAUUCAGAGCUACAGAGAGCGAAACAGAGGCAGCAGCCUCUUCAACCACCUCUCAGCUGUCAGUGAGAGCAUCCCUGCUCUUGGCUGGGUGGCUGUGGAUCAAAAGCCAGGACCGUACGUGAAAGAGAUGAAUGACGCUGCCACUUUCUACACCAACAGAGUUUUGAAAGACUACAAGGACAACGACAGACGCCAUGUGGACUGGGUCCGCUCCUACCUCUCAAUCUGGACCGAGAUGCAGUCUUUUAUUAAGCAGCAUCACACCACCGGACUGGUCUGGAGCAAGAUUGGGCCCAUCGCUCCUCACUCUCUUUUUGAAACUCCGACUCUCAACGUGGCGACCUGUCCACCACCCCCACCUCCCCCCCCUGGUCCCGCUCCGGUCCUCUCUGACCAGAGUCCCCAGCCACAGUCGGGAGGAGCUGCAGCGCCACACGCUGCACUGUUCGCUCAGCUGAAUCAGGGCAUGGACAUCACUAAAGGGCUGAAGCACGUCUCCGAUGAGCAGAAGGUGCACAAAAACCCAGACCUGCGCUCUCAAGCAGCAGCUGGUAAAAGCAAGAAGCCCGGCUCUGCAAGCUCUGCCAAGGCAGCGGCUCAGAAGAAGCCCCCCCUGCUGGAGCUGGAGGGGAAGAAGUGGAGGGUGGAAAACUUUGAGAAGAGCUGUGACCUGCUGAUCGAGGAAACAGAGCUGAAACAAGUGGUGUAUGUUUUCCGCUGCAGCGACUCCACUCUGCAGGUCAAGGGGAAGGUCAACUCCAUCAUCGUAGACGACUGUAAGAAGCUGGCGCUGGUGUUUGAGAAUGUUGUCGGGAUUGUGGAGAUCAUCAACUCGCAGAGUAUUCAGAUUCAAGUGAUGGGCACGGUCCCCACCAUCUCCAUCAACAAAACGGAGGGAUGCCAGGUCUACCUGAGCAAAGACUCCCUCAGCUGUGACAUUGUCAGUGCCAAAAGUUCCGAGAUGAACAUCAUGAUUCCAGAAGACGACGACUAUAGAGAAUUCCCGGUUCCAGAGCAGUUCAAGACCGUGUGGGAUGGAUCCAAACUGGUGACUGAGCCCACGGAGAUAGCUGGCUGAGAAGCAGCUCCUGGUCACGGGCAUGUGAAAAGGGAAAUGCACAAGCAGUUGCUGAUGAUGUAUGAGGUUUACAUGUAAAGGUUGUUAAACGGUUAUUAAGGUUAUUGAUGAAGCAUAAUUCAGGGACAUUGAACCGUUGGAGUCAAAUACACUCGGACGUGAAACAAUAAAAAAAAAAAACAUUUUUAAGUGUGUCAUGGAACUAAAUGUCCUAGAUAUGUUAUCUCUGUGUUGCUCAGCCGCAUGCAUGUGACAUCGUGUACAUUCUGUGUAUUUUCUUCAACGACAUUUUAGGAUGAAUGUGAGGAUUGUUACCAAUAAAGUCACCAGCUCUUCUGACUGAAGGAUCAGUGCAAAGGUUUUUCAUACUUCAGCACCAUGAGUGACUUUGUCUUCUGAGGCAGUGAGAAAUGUUGAUGUUCUUUUUCAAAUAAACCCUUUGAACUGU